AUGGAUGGUGUUCCCUCCUCCGCAGGAGGAGAUGGGCAGGAUGUGAUCAAUGACACCAGCAGGCGGAAGAGCUGGGCAGAGGAAGGCAGCUCCGAGUUGUCCUUCCGUGUGGUGGCAGCUGCCUUACUCGUCCUUCUCAUCCUCUCCACGCUCCUGGGCAACACCCUGGUGUGUGUGGCUGUGGUCAAGUUCAGACACUUGCGCUCCAAGGUCACCAAUUUCUUCGUUAUCUCCUUGGCGGUGUCCGACCUCUUUGUGGCUGUGCUGGUGAUGCCCUGGAAGGCUGCCACCGAGGUGGUGGGGUUCUGGCCGUUUGGGUCGUUCUGUGAUGUUUGGGUGGCUUUUGACAUCAUGUGCUCCACAGCCUCCAUCCUCAACUUGUGCAUCAUCAGCGUGGACCGUUACUGGGCCAUUUCCAACCCCUUCCGCUAUGAGAGGAAGAUGACGCAGCGCGUGGCUUUGCUCAUGAUCGGAGUGGCUUGGCUGCUCUCCCUCUUGAUUUCCUUCAUCCCUGUGCAGCUGAAGUGGCACAAGGAUCGUGAGCUCUUGAGCCAACAGGAGCCAGGCUUUAACAUCACCGGGGAGGAGGAGAACUGUGAUUCCAGCCUCAACAGGACUUACGCCAUCUCCUCUUCUCUCCUUAGCUUCUACAUCCCUGUUGCCAUCAUGAUCGUGACGUACACCCGCAUCUUCCGCAUCGCCCAGCGGCAGAUCCGCAGGAUCUCCUCCCUGGAGAGGGCGGUGGAACACGCCCAAAACUGCCACGGCAGCGACUGCCCUCACGAGGCCUCCCUGAAGAACUCCUUGAAGAAGGAGACCAAGGUCCUCAAGACCCUUUCCAUCAUCAUGGGCGUCUUUGUCUUCUGCUGGCUGCCCUUCUUCGUGCUCAACUGUGUGGUGCCCUUCUGUAAUCUUGACCUACGUGAGGCGGGAGAGCUACCUUGCGUCAGCGAGACAGUCUUCGACAUCUUCGUCUGGUUCGGGUGGGCCAACUCUUCCCUCAAUCCUAUCAUCUACGCCUUCAACGCAGACUUCCGGAGAGCUUUUGCGACCAUCUUGGGCCGCGGCUGCCUUUGCCCCAGCAACGCAGUGGAAACGGUGAACUUCAGCAACGAGCUGGUCUCCUACCACCGUGACACCACGUAUCAGAAGGAAGCGGUGACCCUCAGCUACCCCCAGCUUCUCCCCCAUGCUGCUCUGCAGACGGAAAGCGUCGAGGCGUCCCUCGAGAAGGUUUCUCAGGUCUCCGAGCCCUCUCGCAACCCCUGCCCUGCGGUGAUGAACGUGGAGUGUGAAAUGCCUGUCUCGCUGGAGAAGAUUACCCCUUUCACCAGCAGCGUGCUCGAUGGAGACGGGGUUGGGAGCAGGGUGGUGGGGUGGUUUUGA